AUGGGAAAUUCUCUAGCAAGAGCCGUUCUUUUUGGUGUGAUGGGUGUCGCUGCCAUUUCUAAUGCUAGCGAUUUCAACUUGACGCCAUUCCAGAUAAAUUUGUCAGCUGGCGUCCCACGUAUGUUGGAGUUUGUCAAUGACACUAUUCUUCCUACCCAGCCUGCAUAUCCAGGGCUUGGAGACUCGUUGGGGAUUGAUCUCCAUGUGGUAAAGUCACUCAAAAACCAGUGGCUAGAGGAGUUUGACUGGGAUGCAGAGCAGAGGGACAUGAAUCUGCUUCCUCAGUAUACAGCAGAUAUAGAGGGCCACAGAAUUCACUUUGUUCAUGCAAAGUCUCGCGACCCAGAUGCCAUUCCUCUACUGAUCAACCAUGGCUGGCCAGGGUCUUCGUUCCUCGAGUUUGAGCCAAUUAUUGACAAACUCACCACGGUUGUCCAUACCUCACAGUCAGGCCGGGAUAAGAAAGUGUCCUUUGAUGUCAUAAUCCCAUCUCUACCUGGUUUUGCAUUCUCAUCUCCUGCACCGAAGAAUUGGACUCUGGACGACACGGCCCGCAUCUACAAUAGACUCAUGACCGAGGUUCUCGGAUACCCAAAAUUCGCAGUCCAUGGAACGUCGCAUGGUGCCGCCAUCGCAUACACUUUGUAUGAGGAUUACACAAACACAACGAGAGCAGCUCAUUUUAGUUUUAUUCCAUUCUUCCCACCUACGGGAGAACAGGUUAAGGCCAUGAAUAUUUCGCUCACGCCGUUGGAGAAGGACAUGCUAGACCGGUCUGAUGAAUGGAGCAAGACAGGCAAUGCAUAUUUCCUAUUGCAGCAAUAUCAGCCCAACACUAUCGGCCUCGCGCUACAAGACAAUCCAAUUGGCUUACUCUCUUGGAUUGGGGAGAAAUAUAUUGAGUGGUCUAAUCCUAAUGCCGGAACUCCCCCAUCACUUCUCACACACAACGAGAUUCUCAGAUGCGUGUCGCUAUACUUUUUGACUAAGUCGUUCAUCACGUCUAUUUUUACAUAUGCACAAAACCCCACAGCCUUUCGCUCCGUCUACACCAAAGCCCCUACAACAGCACCGAUGCUUCUCAGCCAAUUCAGGUACAAUGUUGGAUAUUGGCCGCGUCAAAUUGCAGAGUCAGUAGGAAACUUGGUCGAGUACAGGAAUCACGAGUCUGGUGGCAACUUCCCAGGGUUGGAUAACCCUGAGGCUCUGAUUAGUGACAUACGACGCAUCGGAGAAUACUGGGCAUAG